AUGGCGGAAAGUCAACGGCCGGUGGGCCUGCUCUUCGAUAUCGGGGGAGUUUGUGUCGUGUCGCCAUUUCAAGCCAUCUUAGACUAUGAGAUUGCUCACAACAUACCGCCUGGAUGGGUGAACUUCAGCAUCUCCCGCACAUCACCACAUGGCAGCUGGCACAGAUUGGAGCGGGGCGAUAUCAAAAUGGACGCCGAGUUCUUUACUGGGUUUAAUAAGGACCUACGGGAUCCCAAACUGUGGAAGUUAUUCAACGAGGAUCUUCGGAAAAAGAACCCGAACAAAGUCCUGGAUUCGAACCCACCAUUGCCCGAGGUAGACGCAGAAUGGCUAUUCUGGGAGAUGAUGCGAGUGUCGAGGACGCCUGACCCCUUCAUGUGGCCUGCGCUGAAGAAGCUGAAGGAUUCUGGAAAGUUCAUCAUGGGAGCGUUGUCAAAUACAGUCAUCUUCCCAGAAGGCCAUGAGUACAACGACGACACCAUCGGGCGCAGAGCGUUAUUCGACUUCUUUAUCUCAUCCGCGCAUACUGGCUUAAGAAAACCCGACCCGAAGAUAUACCAGGCUGCUUUGGAGGAAAUGAAUGCGGCUGCUCAAAAGAAGGGACUAAAGCAGCCAGUGCGGGCGUCUGACGUGGUGUUUUUGGAUGACAUUGGCCAGAACCUAAAGCCUGCGAAGGCGACAGGGAUGCGAACAAUCAAGGUAAAUCUUGGACAUAUAGAAGAUGCAGUUAAAGAGCUGGAGAAGGUCACUGGGCUUCGGUUGUCGGAGGACCAAGCUAAACUAUGA